GUAGGAAGAAUGGAGAACGUGGAGGUCUUCACAUCGGAGGGCAAAGGCAGGGGUCUGAAGGCCACGAAAGAGUUCUGGGCUUCGGAUGUCAUCUUUGCUGAGCGUGCCUAUUCCGCAGUGGUUUUCGACAGUCUCGUUAAUGUUGUGUGCCACACAUGCUUCAAGCGACAAGAGAAGCUCCAUCGCUGCGGGCAGUGCAAGUUUGCCCAUUACUGUGACCGCACCUGCCAGAAAGAUGCCUGGUUGAAUCACAAGAAUGAGUGUUCAGCCAUCAAGAGAUCCGGGAAAGUGCCCAAUGAGAACAUCAGGCUGGCUGCACGCAUCAUGUGGCGCGUGGAGAGAGAGGGCACUGGGCUCACAGAAGGCUGCCUGGUUUCCGUGGAUGAUCUGCAGAACCAUGUGGAACACUUUGGGGAGGAGGAGCAGAAGGAGCUACGAGUAGACGUGGAUGCUUUCUUGCAGUACUGGCCACCCCAGAGCCAACAGUUCAGCAUGCAGUAUAUAUCACACAUCUUUGGAGUGAUUAACUGCAAUGGUUUCACCCUCAGUGACCAGAGAGGCCUGCAGGCAGUGGGUGUGGGCAUCUUCCCCAACUUGGGUCUGGUGAACCACGACUGUUGGCCCAACUGCACUGUCAUAUUUAACAAUGGCAAUCAUGAGGCAGUGAAAACCAUGUUUCACACCCAGAUGAGAAUUGAGCUCCGGGCCUUAGGCAAGAUCUCAGAAGGAGAGGAACUGACAGUGUCAUAUAUUGACUUCCUUAAUGUCAGCGAGGAACGCAAGAAGCAGCUAAAGAAGCAAUACUACUUUGACUGCACAUGUGAGCACUGCCAGAAAGGACUGAAGGAUGACCUUUUCCUGGGGGUAAAAGAUGACCCUAAGCCCUCUCAGGAUGUGGUGAAGGAGAUGAUACAAUUCUCUAAGGAUACAUUGGAAAAAAUUGACAAAGCUCGCUCUGAGGGUUUGUACCAUGAGGUUGUGAAACUGUGCCGGGAGUGCCUGGAGAAGCAGGAGCCAGUGUUUGCUGAUACCAACCUCUACAUGCUACGGAUGCUGAGCAUUGUUUCUGAGGUCCUCUCCUACCUCCAAGCCUUUGAUGAGGCCUCGUACUACGCCAGAAGGAUGGUGGAUGGUUAUAUGAAACUCUACCACCCUAAUAAUGCCCAGUUAGGCAUGGCAGUGAUGCGGGCAGGACUGACCAACUGGCAUGCUGGGAAUAUUGAGGCAGGGCAUGGGAUGAUCUGCAAAGCCUAUGCUAUUCUCCUGGUUACACAUGGACCUUCACACCCAAUCACCAAGGACUUAGAGGCCAUGCGGGUGCAGACAGAAAUGGAGCUGCGCAUGUUUCGCCAGAAUGAGUUCAUGUACCACAAGAUGCGUGAGGCUGCCCUGAAUAACCAGCCUAUGCAGGUUUUGGCUGAGCCCAACAAUGAACCAGCUCCAGCUCUGUUCCAUAAGAAGCAAUAAGGACCUGCAUGAUGGGGGGAGAGGCAGCAUCGCUGGGAAGCUGGGGAGAGAUAGCGAAGGUAGCAGGUUUCUUGAUGAGGACUUCAAGGGAACCCUCAGUCAUGUUGCAUUGAGAGUCUACAGCUCUGUGUCAUUUUAUUUCAUUUCAACUCAGUUUUGUUUAACUGAACUCCAUACCAGUCCAGCUCAGAUGAUCUCUAAUUGUUUAUUGGAUGACAAGCUCCAGGGAUAAAGACGCUCAUUACAUAAGUGGGAUGGCAAACUGAAGAAAUAAAGCCCAGUGGAAUAAUUAAUGUGCUGCUAAACUCUAAGCAGAACCAGAUACAGAGACGAGCAUAUGUCUGGUGUGUGAUGUGUGUGUGUAUGUGUUCAGGGAUGGGGUGUCAUGGAGGAGAGGACAGCUGUGUUAGGCGAAGGUGCUUGGAGGCUUAGGUGGUCACUCACCUUAUAUGAGAUGCAGAUGUCGCUGGAGCUUUGGUCUCACCAAUGAUCUGAAAUACUCAGGGGGGUGACUGGUUAGAAUAGGCUAUCCAGUCUCCUAGGUUAGCUACAGUUCGGGUUGUGGAGAUUCUACUCACAGAAUGAAAUCCUUCCAAAGUUUAAUUUGCCAAAAUGUCAGGCUUUGGGCUAGAGCGAUAGCACAGCGGGUAGGGUGUUUGCCUUGCAUGCGACUGACCCGGGUUCAAUUCCCAGCAUUCCAUAUGGUUCCCUGAGCACCACCAGGAGUAAUUCCUGAGUGCAGAGCCAGGAGUAAACCCCUGUGCAUUGCCGGGUGUGACCCAAAAAGAAAAAAAAAAAGCCGGGCUUUACCCAAAUAGUUGAGUAGUUGAGGCCUCAGUUUUAAGUCUAAGUUCCAAGUCCUCCAGACCAGCUUGGUCUUUCAAAUAAAAUUCUGAAAGUACUUCUAGAACACAGAGAGAAUCUCUCACAUUCUGAUCUCAUAAACCUUGUGAUGCAAUAUCUGAGAUUCUUUUGGUUCUGUAGGAUUGAAGAAGUCUUAUUGGGGUGUGGCUGAGAGGGAAACUUAGUACACAUAUAUCUGAUAGCCACAGUACAACUGGAUUGACCUGGGGUUUAAAAAAUUAUUACAUAUGCCUGGUUAUCUUUCUGAGUUGGAUUUCAUUAGUGAAUCUAUAUCCUUAGUAAUAGAUAAUUACUUCCCUUGCUUAAUUUCUUACCCUGUCCAUUCUCUUGGGCCUCUGCUCUUCCUCUCAAAAAUAACUUAAUAAUAGAACUUCUAAUAUGAGCUCUGCACCCCUAGGUUGGGACUUGCUAUGGUGAUAUGGCCAUUUUACCCCCAUGUAAUAGUACACUACUGAGGUUCCCAGCCAAGAGCAAGGGCCUUGGUGAUCAAUUAGGCUAGUUAUCUUGUUGCCUCCCUGUCUUCUAGAAUGCCAAACUCCUCACCAAUAUUCCAGCAGAUCCUGGAGAAGAGAUUUUCAUUUUGGGGUGUCACAAAUCCUUAUCUCCUAGUUCAGUGCUUCACCCCAAAGUCCUAGCUAAUAUUUGGAAGUCAAGUGGUCCCAUCAUAUUAUUUCUCUCCUCCCAAAUGUUAUUUCAUUCAUCCCCACCCUUUCGUCUUCAGAGUAACUCAUUGUCUACAUUUUUUUCUUUUUGGAUUUUACCCAGUGAUGUUCAGUGGUUACUCCUGGCUCUGCAUUUAGGAAUUACUCCUAGCAGUGCUCAGGGGACCAUAUGGGAUGCUGAGGAUCGAAAUCGCGUAUGUGCAAGGCAAACACUCUACUCACUGUUACUAUCACUCUGGUUGCCCUCAUUAUCUACUUCUAAAUCCCAUCAAAUGGCUCAAAAUUCUGCAAAUAUGCCAUGUACACAGGGUUUUCUUUGAGAAAAUUACUUUCCCUAGAAGUUUUACAGAAAGUCUGAUGAUUCUUCCAUGUCCCCACACCACAGGCUUAGAAAUAUCACCAGCAUUCUUUCAGGGAACCAGUUGGCAUGUUCAAGUGAUGACUCUUCUAUUUCUUAUCUACUUUGAGCUCCCACUUGGUCACUCUACACAACACCACACCAGUCCCAAAUGACAUGUUCUCUUUACUUUCUCCCCUCCUCUGUAUUGACUACUCCUCAGCAUAGCACCCCAGAACACCUGAAUUCUGUUACAAUCACAUCCCUACUCUCUGCUACACCCUAUUAUUCACUCAGACCCACUCACUAAAGGUCCCUGGGAAACUUAUUUUUCCAUGCUGCCUUUCAGUUUUGAAAGUUGUCCAAUUCCUGUUCAUCUUUUUACACUAAGUUUGAAUCACCUUCCACCCCAGAAGCCUUCCCUAAUGCCCAAGAUUCAGUAGUGUUUUGUCAAACUCACUCUUUUUUUUUUUUAUUUUUGGAUCAUACUCAGUGUUGUUCAGGAGUUACUCCUGACUCUACACUCAGAAAUCACUCCUGUCAGGACUCAGGAGAUGAUAGGGAUGCUGGGGAUAGAACCUGAGUCAGCCGCAGGUAAGGCAAACCCCUAUCCACUGUACUAUUUCUUUGGCCCAUCAAACUCAUAUUAUUUCUAAGGACACUUAUCAUAACCCUCCCUUCAUGGAGUUAUAAUUGAAUUUUUCUCCUCCAUUGGAUUGUGAGCUCCGGGGAGGUAGAGGGGGUGCUAAGGAUCCCUGUUCCCUUAUUUAUAUUUGUAUGCUCAAAAUCUAAGAUAGGCCCUGGAACAUUGUAGGUGCUCAGUUGUGGGUGUGGAAUAAAUGAAUAAGAGGAUAAAGUUGUUUAUCUCAGAGUAGAAAUAACACGAAAUGGUGUACUUGUUUUUCUGUUACUGAAGUUAACAAAGGCCAUUAAAUCCUCUGUGGUUU